UGUCUCUUCACGGCCACCUUGUCUGCUGGCUAACAUGUUCAAACCUGUGCUAGUUUUCUCUGUUCUUUUGUCUCUCUGUCUGUCAUCCUUGGCUCAAACAUGUAGCAAAUACAGCUUCCCUAGCAACCAGGUGUUUAGCUCCUGCAUUGAUCUCCCUUAUCUGAACUCCUUCCUACAUUGGAACUACAACCAAUCUUCUGGGAGCCUCCAAAUCGCAUUCAGGAAGACCGGGGUCACCCCCUCUUCAUGGACUGCGUGGGCAAUCAACCCCACCGGCUCGGGCAUGAUGGGAGCACAAGCACUUGUUGCUUACCAGUUUUCCAAUGGAAGCUUGACAUUCUACCAGUCCCAGAUCACUAGUUAUGCUACAACCAUGGCGAAGAGCAAUCUGACUUACGCUGUCUCGGAGUUCACAGCAACGUAUUCGAAUAGCGAGAUUGUAAUCUAUGCUACCUUGGCACUUCCCAACAGUAUCACCACUAUUAACCAUGUUUGGCAAGUGGGUCCGGUUAAAGAUGACCUACCACAACCGCAUUCGCUGGAUGACGCUAACACCAAUUCCAAGGGAGUUCUGAAUCUCCUGUCGGGGGAGGCUGGAACGAGCGGAGGGGGAGGCUCAAGAUCCAGAGAUAAAAAUGUCCAUGGUGUGCUAAAUGUCUUCAGCUGGGGUAUCUUGAUGCCUAUUGGAGUUAUGAUAGCAAGGUACUUGAAGGUAUUCGAAUCCGCAGACCCUGCAUGGUUUUAUCUUCAUGCCAGUUGCCAAACCACAGCCUAUGUUAUUGGAGUUGCUGGAGUGGCAACUGGUAUUAAGCUUGGAAACGACUCUGCUGGUGUCGAACAAACCAAGCACAGAGUAAUUGGCGUUCUCCUUUUCAUCCUCGCAACACUUCAGGUGUUUGCUCUGCUUCUGAGGCCAAAGAAGGAUCACAAGUACAGAUUUUACUGGAAUAUUUAUCACCAUUCAGUUGGGUAUCUAGUAAUCCUUCUCAGCAUCAUUAACAUAUUCAAAGGAUUUGAUAUUUUGAAGCCGGAGAAGAAGUGGAAGAGUGGUUACAUUGCCAUCGUUGUGAUUUUCAUAAUCAAUAUUGUGUGGGUGGAAGCGUAUACAUGGUAUCUUGUUCGGAAGAAGAGGUCGGAGAGCGCGGGAAGGACGCAUCAGGGCGUGAAUGGAGCAAAUGGGUAUGGUGCGAGGCCAGCACAGUUUGCUUAGAAUAUUGCAGUUUUCCAGAUAGAGGAUGUGAUUUCUUUUUGUUUCAAACGGAUUCAUUUUAUAUAUUUAAUUCUCUCUGUUGAUGCACCCUUUUGUAUAUUCAUGGAUGCGAGUAUUGAGGAUACCUUAUGUACCGAGUGAAUUGGAUACUGGAAGGUGGU